AUGUGGCGUUCUGGUAAUCAAACAGGAACGCCUCUGCCGCAGCUCGAGCCUCCUCAAUCGUUGGCCGUUGAAGCGUCACAGAGACAGAUGGAUGUUUUUAGUGGCUCGGUGCUGGAGCUGCCACCUCAAACAGGAAAUGAGGACUUCCUGCUCGAGCUGCGAGAGCUGCUCCCCACACAGCAGAGAGACGAGUCCUCGCUGACAGCAUCACCAAGAGCAGCCAUGCUUCAGACGCCACAGAGCCAGGGUUUGGAAAGGCAAAGGAAGUCUUCCCCCGGCCAUGUACGGAAACUGGGUUUGACCAGGAAGCGGGACAAAAGGGAUAUCAAACAAGAUGAGAAUCCAGAGGAGAAAGCCCGAAGACACAAGGAGUUUGAGCUGAAGCCUCUGUACAAAGAGCUGCUGUACACCAUCGCUCACCGUCUGGGGAAGGCGUCCUGGAGCGAGGCGUACAGCGAGGCCCAGCUGCAGCAGUACAUCCAGGAGGCUUUCAGGAUGACGGACGCGGAGCACAGCAGCCUGACGGAGAAAGCCCACAGCACAGAGCCUCCAGUUUACUGCCUGAUGGCUACUGUCAAAGAAGCCAAAGGGAUUCUGGGUAAAGAUGUCAGUGGUUUCAGUGACCCGUACUGCCAGCUGACCGUCAUGGAGGACAAGGAGCAGAGCCGCAGCAACAAGGGCAAGUCCAAACCCUGCAAGUCUCUGAUGAUGAACGCUGCCCUGGACAACAUCUACCAGACAGACAUCAAGAACCAAACCCUCAACCCCAUCUGGAACCAGACCUUCAUCAUGGAAUUUGUGGAUAUAGUUGGUGCAAGUUUCCACCUGGAGAUGUGGGAUAAAGACGAAGAGGUGUCACUCACUCAAAAACUAGAGGAGAUUAAAACCUUGAACAGCUUAAGGCGAAUGAUCAAGGAUGCCAAAAAGGAGAAAGGCACGGACGACUUUCUGGGUCGAGUCAGCCUAAAGCUACAGGACCUUCACUGCACUGAAGACCACUGGUACAACUUGGAGCCUCGGACUGAGACCUACCCCGACCGCGGACAGUGCCACCUCAAUCUGAAGUUCAUCCACAAAUCAAGAGACGAGACGCUGAGCCCAGGCCGCAGCGCCUACAUCAACUACUGCGGCGUCCUGCAGCAGUUCGUCCAGGCCUACAUCUCCAAGCAGCAGAGUUCUGCUCCGUGGAAGGGAGAACUGUGCGGAGAGGCUCAGGUUCUUCUAGAGCAGUACGCCACGCAGAACGACCUGUCGCCUUUUCUGCAAGACCUGGCGAAGUGGGUGGCCUACAGUAAACUGUACCAGAGUCUGGAGGUGGACUCCUCGGUCCUGCUGCAGCAGCUCACCAGCAUCGAGUACCACUGGCACCAGCAGGAGCUGCCCCACCAACAGAAACAGGAGCUUGGCGACUCUCUCCACGGCUUCCUUCAGUACGGUCUGUGUCUGGUUUCCAAGUACAGAGACAUCUGCCCCCCCAAGCCCACCGCCACCGCCAACCUGCACACUCUGCUUAGGAUAUUGGUGCAGAUCUGUAAGACUCGGGCGUUCCAGAAGCUGAACCCGGCUCAGUUUGAGUUGCAGGGAGAGGUCACAGAUGCUCUUCGGUCGGGGACAGAAGAGUGGUUCUUGGUCAAAAAGGGGCAGCAUCAACCUAUGACCAAGGAGUUGUCUGAGAUCGCUAGCGCCCUCUCCAGGUUAAUCAAGGAGGUGCAGGAAGACAUCAAGCACUGCAAAGAUGUGUUCAACAAAGUGUUUGUCAGCGUUGUGCAAGUGGACGCCUUCACCGUCGUCUAUCAGAAGUACGAUUCUCUGCUGGCUCGGGAGGUGAGAGAGACCCUGGGUGUGAUGGAGGGUAAGAUGGAGCAGUCUCUGGCCAACAACCUGUUCCCUGUGUACCUGAGCCUCCAGGAGAUCCACCAGGAAAAGGCCUUCCUGCAGAAAAGGGGGUUGUUGGAGCUGACUCUCUUCCAUGAGGACUUCAGAGAGGCUCUUCCUUAUUGGCUGAACCAGGUUUUCAAAACCACACAGGACCGAGUGGAGCGGGCCGUGCAGGUGGACCAGCUCGAGCCCCUGCAGGCCGGAGCCGUGCCCAUCAAACACAGCUCGUCUGCGGUGGACCUUGUGGCCUGUGUGCAGCCUGUGUGUCAGCUGUGGGAGCAGCUGUGUUGGCCCGACCCCGAGGAGGCCUUCAUGCUCAUGGUCAAAGUCACUGAGGACGUGUGUAAGAUUGUGGUCAACUACUGCAAAAGCCUGAAGGAGCGAGUGCGGGUCCUGACAGAGAACUCGGAGUACGGCAGAGCCAUCAACAUGCUGUGUGUGGUGGUGAAUGACCUGGAGCACCUGCGGUCGCUCCUGCUGCGGCUGCCGUCGCAGCUGAACUGGAGCGGGCUGAAGGAGCGGACGCAGCACGUGAUCGGAGAGAGACAGUUCCACAACACGCUGCCCUCACAGCUGCAGCAGGCGCAGGACGUCCUGAGCCGAGAGACCCGCUCCGCUCUGCACACGCUGGGCAAGAGGCUGAACACAGACAUCGAGACACACGUCCGGAGCAUGGCCACAAGGAAGAGGUUUCCCUCCAAGUCCACAGAAGAUGUGGCGGCUCCUCUGAUGCGUUACCUCGAGCAAGAGCUGCAAUAUAUGAACGAAAACCUGGUCCAAGAAAACUUUAACAGCCUUCUGACUCCUCUGUGGAAUAACUCGGUGAAGAUCCUGUACCAAGUGGCCACACAGCCUCAUCAUGGGGAGGGGCUGAUGGUUUACUGCCAGAGACUCUUCUACACACUGCAGUGUCUGGAGCAGUGCUUUCACGCUGAGGGGAAUGGGCUCCCGCUGACCACUCUUCAGUCUGUUGAGUAUAAGACGCUAAAAUCUCACCUGACGCACAAUUCUCUCAACACCUUUCAGCUCAUUGAGAAAUUCUUUGAGAAGAAAGUAACCGACCAGAAUGUUUUAAUGGGGGAGAAGUACGGAGCCGUCACUCUGCUCACAUCCUACAGCAGAUCACAGAAACGACUCCGAGUGGAGGUUCUGAACGCUGUCAACCUGAUCCCCAUGGACUCCAACGGUUUCAGCGACCCCUUCGUGCAGCUGUGCCUGGAGCCGAGCCACAUCUUCCCUGAGGAAGUUGAUGGAACUUGCUGCACUCAAAUCAAGAGCUGCGACCUGAACCCUCUGUUUGAGGAGGUUUUCCACUUCUCGGUUUCCCUGGAGCAGUGCAGAUCCCCCGGGGCCUGCCUCAUGGUGACGGUGUUCGACCACGACACUUUGAUGGCGGAUGACUUUGAGGGCGAGGCGUUUCUGGCUCUCAGGUCCAUCCCUGGAGUGGGAGGGGCUCAGCAGGACGUGGACAGUGAUCCCCCAGAUGCCCCGCCAGCGCAGAUACGACUGCCUCUCAUGCAUCCCAAGCCCAAUGAGGACAACAUCCUGAGGCUGCUGGAGACCAGGAAAGGAGAACGAGAAGCUCAAGUGUUUGUGAAGAAGCGGCGAUUAAGAGAGAAACAGUCCCAGGAGAAUAAUCAGCCGUGA